ACCCUUAGCCAAUGGAGAUGAAGAAACAACAGGCGAUACUCUUCCUUCCCACGACCCUUCCUUCUGCCCAGUUACUCAUUUUCUGUAAUUCAAGAAACGCGCGUGAAGCUGCUUCUCAAUAGAGCAAAAUUCAUAAACGUUCAUAACCUCCAGUCCGAGGGCGCGCCUGUCACAAUGUGCACUCGUGUUUUGGAACUCAUAUUUUUCUUUUAUUUUGGCUCCCACAUAUUUUUUACUUUAUUCAUUGAUCUCCAGGCUCUGCUGCCUGGGCAUCUAUUUCCACAGCCAUCCAAAGACCUCCUGCAGUGGUAUAUCACUCAUGCUAAGGACCAGAUGAUGGCGGACCCCCCCGUCUGGUUCAAGUCUUUCAUUUUCUGCGAAGCGCUUCUCCAGUUGCCGUUCUUCCCCGUUGCAGCGUACGCCUUCCUCAAAGGUGGCUGCAGGUGGAUCAGAACACCUGCCAUAAUCUACUCCACCCACGUGGCCAGUACCAUGGUCCCCAUCUUGACCUACAUCAUGUUCCACCAGUUCCCGAAGGGUCCGCACCCCGGCCCCCAGACCACAGAGGAGCGUCUCGGGCUGUUGGCUGUAUACGGCCCGUACCUGCUCGUUCCCCUGAUGAUUUUGUUCACCAUGCUCUUCAGUCCGGCGUACAAUUCCAACACUCACGGUGCAAAGGUUACCCCAUCUGGCAAGAAACACAGAUAGAUGUCCAUGCGGCUGGCGAGCUUUGACCAAUUUUUUUUUCUUUGUUCCUGUUUUAUAAAGCGAUUAUCUUGCACUUAAAUCGAAGGGAUAUUAAUCUUGAGUCUUCCAUUGCGUUAGUGCGAAAGCGGUCCAUCGUGCUGCUGGGGUAUUUCAGUUUGGUUCUGGUCCAGUUUUCAGUUUGGUCCAGUUAUGGCUGAGAAGCUUUUAAAAGUGUGUUUCUGAGCAGGGAGCACCGUAAUGGACAUUUCAUGUGAAAAUGCUCUAUUAUUAAGCCAGCACGUAUGGUGGCUGGACUCUUAAUUU